AUGGGGAAUACAAUGAGCCUCCCUGAGGAAGCUGAAGAAGACAAUACAUGCACAGUCAAGAGUUAUCAGCCUCUAUCUGAAUCACCUGACAAUAUUAAAAAUGGAUCUGUUGCAUUUGUUCAGAAUCAUUCUCCUGCAAUGAAUGGUGAAGUGGAUGCAAAGGCAAGUGUUGCACGGGAUAAUGUGGCCGUUUCUUCCCCGAAGACAAUGGAGCAGAGCCCCGUUCCCGAGGCGGGCGGGCCGAGUCUCGGGAGCGCUGCCAGCAGAGCCCUGCCAUCUGCUAAAUCCCGCUCUGUCUUCGCGUUCUCAUGGUCUGUACCAGGGCGUACUGAAGAUCCAGCUACGGAUUCAUCCGUUGGAUCGGCAAAACUUGAUGUCAGCUCGGAGGCGCGCGGAGUGAACAAAGCGCCAAGUGACAGCGUGGAGGUUCCUGCAGCAGCUGCACGGGAGGAAGGCGCACAUAAAAACCUGACCUGUGCCCCGCCAGCAGCAUCGCUUCGGGACGACGAUCUCGUGGCAUCAGUGACACCUGAGGGAGAGGAUGCGGCCUCCUCAAAGCCCAGACAACUAACCUUCUUUGACAGGAUCUUCAAACUGGAGAAGGGGAAGGAAAGGAGUAAAACACAAAUUGGUACCCAGGAGGACAGGCAGACUUCAGACCUCCCCGACGGGCACAUCACGGCGGAAGAGGCUGCCACGUUACGGAGCACAUCAAACAGUAUAUUGCUGCCAAAAGAGAUAGAUGACUGCAACCGAAAAGACCUACAGCAGGACUCAGCAGGUGUCAACGGUCUCACUGCUGAGCAGCCUGAGAAGCCAGAGGUAAAACAAGACAACCCCCAAGCAGCUGCUGCAGUAGAUAACUCCGUCAUGAGUUUCCUUAAAACACUGGUCUCCUCAAGCAAAGGUGAAGCCAAAAGUGAUUCUGAAGACAAGGGAUCGAAAGCAGAAAAAGGCCAUGGUGGGCAACCUGCUCUGAAGACAGCUGCAGAACCCCAAACUAAAGGAGGCAAGAAAAAGAAGGCAGAGAGUCCGAAGCUAGGACACAGUACUUUUAGCAAACUCUUUAGGCAUAAGGCUGCGAAAGACACCCAACAGACAUCUAAUACCAAAAGCACUGAACAGCUGCCUGUUACCUCUGUCAAACCAGACAAAAAUGUCCCUUCCUCUCAAGAGCCGCAGACAACUAAGCAGAACACGAAAGCCCCCGAGCCUGCAGCCCAACAACAGGCACUGGCCUCCGAAGCCCCCAAGGAGGUGACAAAGGAGAAAGCAACAUCCACUCCUAUGCCACUGAGCAAACUCUUUUGGAAAAAGAACACACUGGAAGAAGCAGAGAUCGUAAGCAAUGAAAAGGCUGACAGGCCUUUAGAAGCCGUGGCUCCUGACAAAGAUGAGGGUAAAAGCCCAGAACCUGCAGAAGUGAAGCCUAGAAGAGAAGAAAGUAAAACUCCCAAAGCAAACCUGAGGAAGUUUUUUAAGCUG